CUGGCAAGCUUCCUCACACCUCUAGACAUCAUGCUUGGACUACUGGCUGCAGCAGCUCACGACGUUGACCACCCAGGCGUGAACCAGCCAUUUUUGAUCAAAACUAACCAUCAUCUUGCCAGCUUGUAUCAGAAUAUGUCUGUGCUGGAGAAUCACCACUGGCGGUCCACAAUCGGCAUGCUUCGAGAGUCAAGGCUCCUUGCUCACUUGCCAAAGGAAAUGACACAGGAUAUUGAGCAGCAGCUGGGCUCCCUGAUCUUGGCCACAGACAUCAACCGACAGAACGAAUUUCUGACCCGAUUGCAAGCUCACCUCCAUAAUAAAGACUUAAGACUGGAGGAGGCACAUGACAGACACUUCAUGCUUCAGAUCGCCUUGAAGUGUGCUGAUAUUUGCAAUCCUUGUAGAAUCUGGGAGAUGAGCAAGCAAUGGAGUGAAAGAGUCUGUGAAGAAUUCUACAGGCAAGGUGACCUUGAACAGAAAUUUGAACUGGAAAUCAGUCCUCUUUGUAAUCAACAGAAAGAUUCAAUCCCUAGUAUACAAAUUGGUUUCAUGACCUACAUCGUGGAGCCGCUGUUCCGGGAGUGGGCCCGGUUCACGGGGAACAGCGUCCUGUCGGAGAGCAUGCUGCGCCACCUCGCCCACAACAAGGCCCAGUGGACCAGCCUGCUGUCCACGCAGCACCGGCGCGGGGGCGGCGGGGACCACGGGGGCCCGGGGACUGAGAAGGCCGAGCAGGUGGCAGAAGGCGACUCGCCAUAGCGCAGGCCUGGAGGCCCGGCCACCAAUGCUCGCCAGGAGCAAGAUCGGAGGGACACAGGGCCCAGCGAUCCUGGGGUUUGCCCAGGGCGCUUAUUGAAUGCCGCCCUCCUGCCGCUUCCCUGCCUCCCUCCAACUGUACAGAAGCCAUUUGUCACCUCAGCAUUAGCUGCCGAAAUGAGCAACGCUAUCCAGUAAGAUGGGCGCAGACGCCGGAGGCAGGCUGCCCCUGCAAUGAAGAAGACUGGGAGCAAGAACGGGGUGCCCCUGCCACGUCCCGCUCUGGCCCUGGGUGGCACUGAAAUAGGCAGCCGCAUUUUAGCAUUUGCCAUCCGACCGCUGAUCUGCAUGACAAAACACCAGCAUAUUUGGAACUCCGAGGAUAUUGGUCUUAAGUGCAGAGCACAACCACGAGCUUGAGAGAAAGUACCUUCUAUUUUAAUAAUAAUUAUUAUUAUAAAGAUAAUAAUAAAUCUUUUUAACUUUUAUAUUUUAUGCACUAGACAAUGGAUCUAAAAUUUUGGACUGAGAUCACUCAAUGUACCCAAACUUGAGCAAGGGGUUCAUUGUUUUGUUACUGACUUGUGACACUUUGGGUCAGAGAUUUGGACAUCUUCACAAUUUAAGAAACCACAUUUCCUGUCCCAUCCGGGGAAGGUGCUGUACAGUUCACCCCUUUGCACCGUUAACCAAUCUGUCUUUUAUGGAUUCGAUGACCUGUUUAUAUUCACACAUGUACAUUUUCUGUAAAUACCAAGCGCUACUGAUUCCCAUGCCAAAAUACAAUGUAUUAUGGGAUUGAUACCUGUAUAAACAAUGGCACUGUGAACAGAAUACUGUUAGUUUUAAUACAAGAGAAUGCAUUUGUAAAUAUGGUAUAGAGUUUAUUAAUAUACUAUUGUUUGCAGAUAAAGGCCUUAAUGUUAAACAUCCUUCAUCUUCUGAAAGCUGCCCAACUUAAAUCCUCACAGAUGUCUUUCUGAACUGCCUGCCUGUGACUUACCUUUAGACUUUCCAGCUAAGGUCACAAACCAAAACUGAAAAAAGUCUUGAAGGGAACACUUUUGGAAACUUCAUGUGAAUUCUGCUUUCGACCAUAGCGUUCAAUCUACGGCAGCAAGCCUCCUUUCCUCAGAUUGCAGACUCUCUUCAGCAAGCGUGAAGUCGCUUUUCAAAGCAGCAAUGUUGCACACACUGUUUUAACAAGCCAGCUGAUAAGCUUGUGUUUAUGUGACUCUUGUUAUGGAACAUGGCGGUGCACCCAGCCUCAGAGGAGACACAGCAGGUCUCGAAAACCUUCUAUGACCCUGUCACCUAACCAUCAGGGACUUCCCUGCUCCCAUACCACACAUUUGUCUGUUAUGGCUACAGUACCAAAGUACCUUUGAUCCAUGGUUGGUGUGCAUUACUUUGGUGUUAAUAGUAACUGGAUCUUUCUUUUUCCUUGGUGUCAUGUGAACAACGACUGAACUGUUUAGCUGAAGUUAACAUUAUUUAAGUAAAGAAACUAUUUUGGUUUUAUGAUAGACUUUACCUUCCUGACAGGUCAUUGUGGUUAAUUAUGGCUGUAACUAGCAGUCACGUUGGAAUUUGUUGCCAUUUUUUUUCUGCAGACACUUGGCUAUAAAAUCUAAUUUGUUACAGCAUCCUUCUCUAGUCUGCUAACCUCUGUGCAUUGAACUUUUUCUUUAUAAAUUCUAGCAUAAAUCAUGUUUGAUGAAAAUUGUUUAAUGGCCCUUUCUCUUUACCUUAAACAAUGUGGUUGUGGGAGAAUGAUAAAGCUAUUUUCUCAAUCUCAUAGAA